CACACGUCGCACACGUCGCACACGUCGCACACGGCGCACACGGCGCACACACACACACACGCGCGCGCGCCUCACACACACGCCUCGGACGGACGGACAGACAGACAAACAGCAGCGUUAGGGUUAGGUGGUGUUGUGGCACCAGUCACAGUCGCGGAGAUGGAAGAACAAGGGGCUUUGUCGCAGACGCAAAGCAGCUGCAACACCCGUGACGCAGGUGACGCACCACGAAGCACAGAGCAACAGCAGGGCAGUGCCAAGACAGAAGCAGCAUCUGGAUGGAGCAACCCGCUGACACAGCAGGAGCAAGGACAGGAGCAGGAGCAAGGGCAGGAAGAGAACGGGGUGACUGCGCUGUGGGACGCGUGGAAGCAGGAAGACUGGUCCAACGAGGCAGAGGAGGAUGAGGCAGCGGACGCUGGCGACCACGAAGAUGAAGAGAGCAGCAGCUCGAGCAACACUGGUGAGAGCAGCGAGACCAAGGAAAAGGUUGCCUCUCCUUCACAAGCGAAGCAAACAGACAGCCCCGCCGACGACGACGGUAAGGUGGUGGCGGCGGUGGAUAGGAUUCCGGACACCCAUGCAGACCAAGGGCGCGAUCAAAGCCCCAUUGAGCAGCAGCAGCAGCCACCGCCACAAGGUGACCGGUCUGACGAGUCUGAAGCGGCUGCACCGCCCAAACUCCGUCUCAAGCUCCGUCUUCAAAAAGCGCCAUCCAACGAAACCGACGACACCAGCACACCAGCACCAGCACCAGCAGCAAUAGCAGCAGCAACAACGACACCAGAAGCAACAAAAGCACCAGCACCAGCACCAGUCCCAGCGCAAGCGACGCCCGCUGCACAGGCCAUGUCGGCUGCUUCGGCCCCGGCCGCUGCGGAGCUGUAUUGCACCUGCAGACAGCCGUACGACGGCGUGUCGUUCAUGAUCGAGUGCGACGCAUGCCGCGAAUGGUUCCACGGCAGGUGCGUCGGUGUUGAAGCCGCCAAUGCCAACUACAUUGACGCGUACAUCUGCCCCAAGUGUCAAGCCGCAACAGGACGCGAGACAACCUGGCUGCACCGCCCUGCGGACUGCGGCAAGCUCCUGCGCCAGCGCCACUACGUCAACUACAACAUCACAUCAGACCCGCUGGAUGUGUUUGAUCGGGUGGACUACGUUGCGCGACUCAAGAAACGCGACAAGCGGUUCAAGAGCGCCGACGAGGUGAUGGAGGUGGUGGAAGAUGGGUCCGCAGUGCCAACUGAGCACUUCUGGAACACAGGCUUCAAGCGUCCAAUCAAAGUGAAGACUUCCAAGUCCCUUGGUCUCAGAAUAAGCCCAGACAUGUCAUGGGAAAAGGUGCGCGAUGCUGUCGGGGCAGCGUACCCGAUUGCGGUGAUUGACGUGGCGACGCAGCGCACUCUCCCCGGCACCGUCCAACUCGGCGACUGGGUCGAGUACCUCAGGACGCCAGCGCACGAGCGAAAGCGGACACUGAAUGUGAUCAGCCUAGAGUUUUCGUCCACCACGCUGCGGGAGCACGUGCUCGCACCACGGCCCGCCCGCGACCUCGACUGUAUUGACACCUGCUGGAUUGACGAUCCUACAGGCGCCGUCGGCAAGCCACAGGUGCAGUACUACUGCCUGAUGGGCCCGAGUGGCGCCUGGACAGACUUCCACAUCGACUUUGGCGGCACUUCCGUCUGGUACCACGUGUACAAGGGCCAGAAGGUGUUUUACUUCAUUGAACCGACCGAAGAGAACUUGGCGAAAUACGUGCAGUGGACCAGCGAUCCGCACCAGAGCAAGAAAUUCCUUGCUGACAACGUUGACGCGUGCUACAAGUGCAUCGUGAACGAGGGAGAGACACUCCUCAUUCCAUCUGGGUGGAUCCACGCUGUGCACACCCCGCAGGACUCGCUCGUCUUUGGUGGAAACUUCCUCCACUUCCUCGCCCUUGACAUGCAGCUCAGGGUGUAUGGGAUUGAGCGACAGCUGGCUGUUGACGGGCUGUUUCGGUACCCGCACUUUGAGUGGACAAGCUGGUGCAUGGCAAACCACAUCGCGCAAACCCCUUGGUCGCCGCAGGAACUGUCUGCCCUCCAGCCGGGCAUUCACACACUCGUCUCCGCGCUCAAGCGCUGGCUCAAGAGCAAACACAACGCACAGAAGCCGCCGCCAUCCAUCGACGCCACACACGUGCUGACGCGGCUGCAGGCGCUGGAGGGCGGGGCAGCACGACCAGCGCCCGUCACGCUCAAGCUGAAGAUGAAGCCUGUGAAGCCACCACCAUCACCCCCAUCAGCAUCGUCAUCGGCUGUGGUUGAUAGCGGUACGGGAACACGUGUUGGUGCGAAUGGUGGCAAUGCGAACACGACGACAACAACGACGAUGGGUGACCGUCCGCUCAAGCUCAAGAUGAAGAUGAAGAUGAAGAUGAACGAGGAUGGUGAUGGUGGUGAUGAUGCAUCGGGUGCCAGUGCAACAGCCACGACAGCGCCGAAGGUGAAGCUGAAGAUGAAAGCACCACGACGGCCCAGCCGUGAUGACGAUGAUGGCGAUGAUGGCGACGGUGAUGGACAGCCACGAGCGAAGAUGGCCAAACAUGUUGCUGGGCCGGGCACAACAGCAGCGAAGACACCGGAGAAGAAAACGUCGAAGCAACCCGGAGGCAAGGCAAGGGCAGCAGCUGUGAGUGCGGGCAAGACGACGGUGAAGAAGAAGAAGGGCAAGCGUCUCACGCUCAUGCAGCGUCUCAACAGGAUGGGGAGGAGAUGAGGCUAAGCGACCAAAGGACAACUAAGUGCCUGCGUGUUCAUAUAUGUGUGUGUGUGUUCACAUGUGUGUAUUCAUGUGUGUGUGUGUGUGUGUUUCGCGCAUCGUGCUGCUUAAUGGCCCACCACUCCCGCGCUUGUUUCAUACGAUGGCUUGCAGCUCUGUGUCUUCAACACGCUGCAGCUUAUGAUUAUGCCAACAUUAGACAUCCGCAAGGGCGGGCAUGUGCAUGCCACCUGUGUGAUCACAUCCAUCCCAUUGCCAUACACACACACACUUGUCGUGGCAUUUCAUUGAGGGAUGAUGAUACAUGGUGGACAAGCAAAACACCCGGCGCGGUGCGCGGUUGUGAACAAG